AUGGAUUGUGAAGAAGAGGCGAAUUUCGUGGAUCGUCCAACGUUUGAGCCAAAAAGGUCCGAGAGUCCGCCGCCGCUGCAAUUCGAAACCAUUGCAUUGGAAGAUGAAGAAUCGCGACGCGCUAAAAUGCCCAAAGUAUCAGAUGAACCUCAACUGCAGCGAAAUGUGGUGGACGCCAUUUCCAAUCUGAUAGCUGGCCACGAAAUGCAGGCGCUUAUCAAGCGCAUUGCCAAGGAGCGUGUGCGUUGUAACUUUCUGUUGGCCACCUAUCAAUUGCCGGAUAUGAAUUUCGCGCUGAACACGCCGAGGAAUACGCAGCGUUAUCAAUUUCGGGAGCGUCUUAGGCAGCGCAACGAGAAGAAUUUGCCAAAUGCAGCUACAACAACAACAACGACAUCGCGCCCCACAGCACCGCCCACUGCCAAUGCCAACGCCAACGCCAACAAAGGGACAACCAGCAAGGGAAUCGUAAGAGCCAGACAGCCUCAGUCGUAGCCCAUAGAAGUUUAUUUAAUUGUUACGUGUUGGGAGAAUCGAAUGUCAAUAA